AUUUUCCUGAUUGGUUGAUAAAUUGAGUCGAUUUCAAUGUGCUUGUUGAUUGCUGAUUGACCUGAGUGCCAGGCUUCUAAAAGUUCUCUAGUGUUUUUGGAAUUUCCUCUGUCCAACAUUUCCACAUUUUUCCAAUCGAAUGAGUGUCCGCAGUUGUCCACGUGUGCUGAUAUAAAUGAGGAAGUAUCAUGGCGUUUGACUGCUAAUUGAUGUUCUUGUAGGCGAAGGUGAAGGGGGCGUCCGCUUUGUCCGAAGUAGUGUUUUUCUCAGUUGGCACAAUUUAUUUUGUAGAUGAUGUUUGAUUUGUCUUCCUUUGUUAUUUCAUCCUUUGGUUUGCAUAGGAUUGAUUGUAGUGAUUUUGUUGGUUUGUGUGCCACACCUAUUCCGAAGGUUUUCAGCAGUCUCGUUGCGAUUUCUGAUAUAUAUCAGGAACAAAAAUCAAACCAAUGAGAGACACAACCAAAACAAAGGAGUAAACAAUGACAAAUUUAAGGUCAAUAAGAACCAAUAAACGUCGAGGUGUACAGAAUAAGCUGUGAAACGCAUAUGGAGAAAUUCGAACACUUCACUUCUAUCUGAAGUUUGUGCUGAUGAUGUCGUUCAGAAGAACGAUGGAAGCUCCACGACCAAACCAUCCAGCUCAGAGAACAAAACUCCAUCAAAACCUUUAACUAGCAGAAUAUUUUCAUACAAAAUGAUUCAGAGACUUAUAUUCAUCUCUUUUCAAACUGUAAUAUAGUGCUAUUGAUGUACCUCCGUAAUAUUUGAUAUUUCGUGAGAUUAGAAUUGUACGAAGUUGUAUUGAUUAAUAUUUCAGCAGUCAAUGCAUAUGUACUCUUAAUGACUUGUUGGUCUGUUACAUUUUACAAAUUAUUCAAUACAUAUCUAUACGUUUUUGGAGUUAGAUAUGAAGACCGUGCAAGUUGAAGUUCCCUAUUUGUUUUAUUCACCAAAGUCUCAUCUAAUUUUUCUUGUAUUUCAUUAUUGUGUUCAAUGUUUAGGGAUGUGUUUGUUUAUACUCUAUGUUUCUAACUGCUUUCUUUAGAAAAUUAAAUUGAUGAUUGGCACAAAAGACACUAUAAAUAACUGCAUAGUCGCUGGCAUAACAACGUUUCACUGGUUAUUUUGUGCAUUGAGUGUGUGUGCAUGUCUAAAAGAUUUUUUAUCAUCGACAAGAUUUUUUAUUUCGGGGAUGUUAGUCCUUGAAAAUUUUUUUCUUCAGGACGUCUUGAUUUUUUUUUUUAUUGUGUGAUAUUCUGCUGUGUUCAUGCUUAAUUGAUUUCCUCCCUAGGGAUUCUACUUCUUCGUAUUGGAUCCUCAUGUCCUUUUCAGUCGAGGUUACUGUAGUAACAGCUAUUGAUAUUAUUGCAAACUCUUGUCUGCUGAAUAUCAAUAUUGAUUAUAAAUAUACUUGAAUAUUUGGUUGUCUGACAGGAUAAAUUCAGUUCUCUGUAUAUAUUGCAUCAGUUUCCUAUGUAUGUUAAAGGGAAACGAGGUGUUGUUGUUUAGUCAUAAAUAAAUAAUCUUUAGCAAAGCGAUCGAAAGUCUUUCGAUGAUUACCAGGAUCUUGUGUUUCCGUGUUUUUCGUGUUUCUGGAGUAACUGUUUGCUCAUUGAUAUUAUCAUUAUAUUAUAAUUAUGACAGAUCUAGUGCCGGAGGAGGUGAUGGAUUUUCCUUAUCUUCAGUCAACUUUGCACAGUUGCAUAAAAAACUUGAAGAUCUAGAAGAGGAAAAUAAUCUACUACGUCAAGAGCGUAAUCGAUUGUCUACUACGGCGGACCAGUUAGAUGAACAUGAAGCUGCAUUAGUUCGAGAUUGUGCACGUCAAUUAAUUACUGCUAAUAUACAUAUACGUAAUUUAUCCGAUGAGUUGGCUAAGAAGUCUGAUGCUUUCAUGAAUCAACAAUCUGAAAUUACUCGCCUACUUACAAGAGGUUUAGAUUUAGAAAAUCGUGUUAAACAGUUGACAGCAGAAAAUGAAAUGUUAAUUGGUCGGCUGAAGGAAACACAAAUAUCGCAAUCAUUACUGACAAGUGAAUUAAAAAAUUCACGUGAUAAAUAUGAUGAGUGCCUAACACUUUAUAAUGAAGCUAGGGUAAUCACUGUUAUUUAUAAUAAUAAUUCUAACCAUGUUAAAACUGUUGGUGUUAUUUAUUUAUUUUUAUUGAUAUUAAACACUGGCAGUUGGGUCGAAGGAGUACUGGACAACUGCUUUGUUUAUAUUUAUAAGAAAAUGUUAGUAGUGUUCCCUUAUUGCUUAUUCCCAUUUUUGGUGUAUAUAGCUCUUGUAACAGGCAUCUUUGGGGAAAUAUCUUUGAUUGCUUCGAUGUAGUAGUGUAAUACGACUACCGAUUAUUUGACCCUGUUACCUCUCAUGGUACAUAGACCGCUGAUCAGGCAUCACCAAUCAACUUUAUCCUCGUCUCUUCUUUCCAGAUAUCACCAACUGGUAUUCAUAGUCAUGCUGUAUGCUUUCAACUACUGGCACCAUUUGUUAUUUGGUCUAUCUUGUCUUGCCUUGAGAACCUCAAGUUGGAGCCUGCUUUGUGAUACGGUUCGAUGGUUUCCGUAAGUCGUGACAGAUCCACCUCCAGAGUCUUUCCCUGAUUUCCUCCUAAGCUAGCAUCUGGUUGGUUCUGUGCCAUAGUGGGUCAUUGCUGAUGGUAGUUAAUGUAAGCAGUUAACAUAGAUUGCCGAUCAGAGGUCUCUAAAUAACUAUUUGUGAAUACUUGUAAUGUUUUGGUGAUGUUAGUGGGGGGUUUUCGAGGUUUCAGCUCCAUACAAUGAACUGUUUUGACAUUAGUGAAAACUCAGACUUUCUUGUCGAGUAAAAGUUGUUUUGAGUCCGUGAUGUUCAUCAGUUGUAGUAAUGGAUAGUGUUGUCCUGUCAAUGCGUACCUUCACAUCUGUAUCAAAUCUGUAUCUUAGUUUGUGGAUGAUGGUGUUGAGGUUCGUGAAUAAGUGCAUGUAUUGCAGAGGAGAGCUUCAGUAGCGAGUGUGACUUUAUUGGUUCUAGGUUGUGUGCUUUUUGUGAUUGUGUGUUUUGCCUUGUUUGUGUUGAGCCCUAUUUUUGUGGAAGUGGUUGCUGCACUAACUGUCUUCGUUUGCAUUUAUUGCUGUGUAUGUGUGUGUUUUAAUAUCAGUGAUUGGUUCUUAUUUGUUCUUGACUGGUUUCUUAUUUUUCUCUGCUCGUUUCUUAGCUGAGCUAUAUAGUUCCUCACAUUUCUUCCUCUUUCAGCUUUUCUUGCUUUCAUUGUAAAUUGUUCCACACAUUCUUGCUUAUCAGCUCUACUUCUCCUCUUCAUUCUUUCGUUUGCUUCUGUAUAUUCUGUGGAUGCUUUUAAUUCCUCGGCUUUUGUCUGGCUGUUGUUCAUUUUUGUCUUCCUGUUUUCCGUUGUAGAAUCUUUGUCAAGGUAUAUAUGGAGAUCCCUUCUUUAUGUUGGUGCCUUUUAGAGCCUAAUAUCUCUUGACACUUUGAAUUUAUACCUGUAAAACUUAUAUAUCUUUUUGUAUGCACGUAUGAGGGAAAAUUCUCCUACCUGUGUCCAUGUUAUUUAAAGCAUAUAGAUCUGUCAGUCUCUCAUCAUUCUCCUUCCUUUCUCUCAGUCCAUGUCGUCCUAUGAUGUUUUCACACCUGUUGUCAAUCCCAACUGUAGUGUUCAGGUUCUUCAUCAGGAUUGUCAGGCUUUUACCCUGGGAGUUUUUUAAAGAUGUACUGUAGACCCCCAUAAAGUUGAUGUCAUCUUUGCCGCUUUCGUUGGUGGGUGCAUAACACUGGAUGAUAUUUAUUGUAAUCCAUUUCUUUGUUUUGGAGGAUAUUUUGAUUAUUUUGAGGGAAUUUCUGCCUCCCUUGGAGAGCAUCAAUUCAACUCCUUGUGUAUGUGGGGAAUUCGCUUCAUGAAAAAAUUCAGCAACAUUUCUCUUAAAGUUAGUUUUUUUCUGUACAGAUUAUGUUCAAUGGGCUGCACUCAUUGAAAGCAUAGCCAGGUUUUGUCUUCUCAUUUCCACUGCUAUUUAAAUGACCCUCUCAGCCUCUCACAAUGUUUGGACGAUCUGCGUAUCUAUAUUUAAUUUUACUCUGGUUGUCAGAGGGGGCAUCAACCUCGUGACUUUCAACGAACCUUGGCUUCUAUCUUGAGCCUUUAUAAUUUCUUUUACGAAGAUCCGUUAACCCUUAGGUUCGUGUAAUAAUACUCAAAUCAUUCAGUUAUUUAAUAGUGUUUCGAAUGAGUGUACUAUUAUUUAAGGCGUAAGUUUCACACAAAAGGUUUUCACAUUUGGUUAUACGGUUGUAAGCGGUUUCCUCAUAAAACGAUAUUAUUAUAAGGACAAAUGGUAGGAUUUUGUUGGAUUUUUUCCAUGAAUACGUUUCGAAAUGUUCGAGUAGUUAAUUUUAAUUUUCUCGGCAUGAUGGAACUGUAUUAUGAACUUCCCGAUCUUAUAUUCAGUUUUCUUAUACAUUAAAAAGUAUUUGCCUGAUGUAAUUUCGUUCAGGGAGGCUUGUUUAUUCAUGUAUAUUUUUUGAAGAUCCUAAUCAUACAUACCAUCUUUCAUUCUUGUACAGAUCAGAAUUCGAUUUUCAUUAAGCUCACUGUAUCACUGAAUAUUGAUCCGAACUUUCUGUCCAAUGAAUUUAUUUCCUGUCUUACCUCUGAUUGGUUUAGAUAAUAGGACGCGUAGCUUAAAUCAGUGUUACCUACUGUUGUUGCCCAGUUAGUUGUCUAAUUUCCUCACAGUAAUUAAUGGUAUAUCUAUUUAAGUAAGUGAAUUUUGAUACUUAAGAAGGUGUACUUCAAUGAAACACUAGUGAAAGAAAUACAAAUUAAAAGUACAAGGAGGACCUUUUUUAAAAGAAAAAUCUCGUUUUGUCAUAUUUGUUCUGAUUAAAUUAUGCCAAAAUUUAUACAUGACACUAUUAUUCCACAUAUGAAAUAUUGCUUAAACUUAAAACACAUUCUUUCGAGAUUUUUUGUUUAUUUUUUCAUACAAUUCUAUUUUUAAAAGGAUAAUUUCGUGUUCAUUAUUCAGUUGUCAAUAAUAAUAUUGGUAUGUUUACCAUUGUUAAAAGAAAUCUAGAUUCAUUGACAUAAAGUGAGUGUAUCGAUGAAGAAAUAAAUGCUAACAAGGAAGAGAAAGUUGCAAAAACAUUAAAAUAGGAUAGCUUUCCGUGUCUGGUACUAUGUCAAGUCCGCUUGGGUUAUUCUAGCUUUUGUACAGACCUAUUUAUCUAUUCUUUUUCAGCGAUAUUUUGACCUUAUUUUAGUAAUUAACCCUGACUUUUUUCAUACGAACGUAUGUAUGUGCAUAGUUUGCCUACUCAUCAUAUGUCUGUAACUUAUUCCACCUGACUAUAAAUUCACCCUUGAGAUGGCUCACUCGCCACUUCCAAUCCGCUUCACUUUUCCGUUUCCUAUUCUCAAUAUCUGUUUAGACAAAAGAAUUCUUGAAAUAAACUCCUCUAACGCAACCUUUAUUUGGCUUCUUAGUACCACCGUCACACAAACGUGGUUAGUCCAAGUAAUAUACGUAAUUAAAUGGACGAUUUCUGUCCAUACCAUGUUCAUACGUCCAUCCAAAUCGGAGUCAGAUCAGUGGGCUACAAAAAGCUAUUCCUUGGUGAAUGAGUUUUUCCUAUUUUUAGUAUCUAUUAGACAGUUGGUUCACUGGUUUAUUUGUCGGAAAUCUUGUUUGUAAGUCACCAUCUCAGACACAUUGGUCAUUUUAUUAUCUUUUAAUGCUCUUAAACUAUAGUUUAAUGGAACUACAGGUAUGUUACUUAUCUUCAUGUCAAAAUAUCCUAGUUCCAUGCUUGCUGAGAUUUGUUAUAUGUGGUGCGUUGUAAUCGUAUAUUUCAAUUAUAUGAUUACGUGAGUCAUGAGUUUAAAUAAUGGAAGUAUUUAUGACCACUCAUCUGGCUUUCCGAUCUCUCGAUUGGAGGUGUUAGAACAUAGUUUAUCGAUCGCACUACAAAUACAUUGAUAUUUAUAGGAUUAUUAUUACUUGUGUAGGCGAAAACAUAACUGAAAAACGACCGGUAGGCUCGGCUUAUGGUUUUGCCUUUAUAUUCUACAUAUCAGAGAACUAGUAAUAGUUUCGAUUUCGGUGUUGAGUCACUUUGUUUAGACUCUUUGAAAAGCAUAAGCUUUUUCAAAAUUUCAAAUUUUUCUAGUGAUAAGCAUUAACUUAUACUUAACUAUAUCACGUUUACUACCCUAACUUGGUUAUAAAUUGUUUUUGAGAAUUGAGACAUAGGUCCUUUGUAUAUUUUCGUCAAGAUACACGAAUUAAUACUUUAAAGUCUUCAGUGAUAUUAUGCAGACGUAUAUACUUGUAAAUUCUAAACACGUCUGUGUAGCUUUCGUGGACUCACCUAUUUUCGGCGUAUUUCAUCAUACAAAUUUCAUUGAUCCCUUCUUUGGAUCAUAAGUGUAUCAUUUCAAUCUUUGUGUUAUUGCUUACAAACUUGUGAACUAGACUAUUAAAUUAACCUUAGUAACUAGACUAGGGAUGAGAUGUUGUUUAUGCCAACGAACAUGGGAGCUAGUGAUAAUGUUCAAUCCAAAUAUAAUUACAGAAAAUUAAAUUCAAUUGCUUAUGAGUGAAUCAUGCCAGCAAAUUCAAAAUAUUUAUCUUUACAAUACAAUUUUUUCCAGUCCUAUCUAGCAUUGAACGUCUACUUUUCUCGUUUUAGUUGGAAAUUCGGGCCUUACGUAAACGUUCUCGUCGUGGUUAUUAUCGUCCUAAUUCACUUAUAUCCUGUAGUUCUGUAGUGAACACUGCAGUGUUACCCUCACUACCACCUUAUUUAAGUGGAGCCGCUCUAACACCACAGUCAGAUCCGGAUCCUAUGCAUUACUGUCAUCAUUCGUCAUUAUCUGCUCAUCAGCUAGCCAGUGAUGGCAGUACAUCUUCUCUGGAUAUGUUGACUACACAAAAUCCAAGUUCAGAUCCUGUGGAAACUUCAUUAGCAGCAGAUUUGGUACAUGCAAGAAUGAAAGAACAUGCGAAAGAUAAUAUAAAGCAUUUAUUUCGAGCAAUGGAUCAAGUUCGUCAUACGCGUACACUCAGUAAUGGUCCUACUCCUACUCCUACUGCUACUACCACAAUUAAUUCUAAUAAUGACGAUAACAGUAGCCAUAAUAUUAUACUGAUUGAAUCAGGUCUGGAAGAUACUGUUUCUAGCAGUGGUUUUGUUAGUGGGUCAGAACCGUCAGAUAAUCCUCACAAGCAAAAAUUCAUUAAAAGUGAACAAACGUCUAAUUCUGGAAGUCCGUAUUCAACUAGACCAUUUAUCCCAGAUUUUAUCACUCCUAUUCGCUUGGCUGAUGCUGACAGAAGUAAAUCUAAUUUGGUAAAUUAUCGCUUUCAUCAAUCUACAAAUCCGAAUUAUUUACUAGAGUCUGAAAAACGACAUAGUUGGCUUGGUUGUGACGUAACUUCUAAUUUAUCUGACAAAGGAUAUUAUUCAAUUCCUGAUAGUGGACUGAAUUUUCAAAACAGCUUUGAUGAUAGUCUACUUUCAUGUGAUCCAAAUGUGGUCUGCACUAGUAAAUCAUAUUGCAAACUGCCUCAACGUUUGAAGCUGAUUAAACCAUUAGAUGGUUCUAAUGUUCUUCAACAUUGGCAGCAUUUAGCUACUCCUAGUUUUACCCGGGCACUUUUUGAAGCCCCACUACCUGGAGUUCAAAGUCGUGCUGGAGUAUCAGAUUCAACCAACACAAACUGUUCGAUAAUUGCUAACACGACCGACUCUCGACAACGUCCUGUUUCAGUCGGAUCAUCACCUUGUAUUUCAACCAGUUCUGAAAUUUCACUCAAAUGCAGUAGUCUGACUGCUCAUUCACCUCCGGAUUUGCCACAAGGUCAACCAAGUAUGAGAUUUGUUCAAGAAUCGUUAGAGAAAUGUACUAAUUUAAACCGAUUUGGAUUCAAUUCAUCAACAUAUUUGCUGAAUAAUCAACUAAGAGCACGAUCGUUAGAUCAUUUAGUAACAGGAUCCCCAUCCUUAUCGUACAGUGAUAAAAAUAGUAACAAUGAUUAUAAAUCUAUCCAGUUUAAUCAAGCGUUUGAUCAUGUAAAAAGCGACGAACCUGCAUCAUCAUAUCUUACCUCAUUUUCCCUAACUUCAUUAGUGUCUGCUAUAUUGCCGUUCACUACUGCUGUUCUCCCUUCAUCAGUAGUAUCAUCAUCUGAUCCAAAAGGUGUCACAAUCAACAAUAAAUUAACAAAAGCAAAUACACGACUCAGUGAAUCAACACAUUUGCGACCGAAAUGUCCAUCAUCAUCAACAGCGGUGACUGGUCUACAAGGUUUACUUGAUGUAAAUAAGGAAGAUGCUGAUUCGUCAAAAUCAUUAUUACAUAGAACGUCAACAUCAAAAUCAAUUGAUCGUAGUGCAUUAUCUCCUAAUAGCAAUGUACCAAAUUCAAUUGCUCUUCCAAAUCCUCAACCUCCAACAUUAAUUUCUCCAAGCGUUAAUCGUACUGCUAUUUCACAUUCACGUCCUGUACGUACUAGUAACUUGACAGAAAUCACUGAAGAGUCUGGUUCACCACCGAAAUCAGAAAAUGGUCAGAAAUCAUUGAUAUCUUCGGAAAAUCAACAACAACAACCACAAUCUGAAGUAGUAGUUGUUUCAGAAAGAUCGAAAAAUUCAGAAUAGUAGAUUCAUUUAAAUAAUAGAGUUGUUGUUCAUUAGUUGUAUUAUUGUCACAUAUAUAUUAAACAUUUAGAACGAAUUAUUUAGUAUUAUAUCAUUUGUGUACCAGUUCCAUAUGAAAAUUUUAGUCUUUCAUUAUAUAUAUAUAUAUAUAUAUAUAUAUAUACUUGUGUUUUCCCAUCAUGUAUUUUUACUACAGUGAUCCUUACCAAUCAAUCACACAUAGAAACAUACACAUUACGUUAUAAAAAUUACAUUUGUAUAAAGCAGAACACUUCUAAGAGAGAGAAAGAGAGGAUAAAAAAUCUGAUUAUUUAUCGUUUAUUUAACGUUAUCUUUUCCAUUUUUCUUCGUGUUUUCGUUCUUCACUUUAAUUUUUUUAUAUUUUGUCUAGUUUAAUUAAUGUUGAAAGUAUAUUUUGUUGAGUUGAUAAUCUUUCAUUUUCAUAAUUCAUGUUUUUCUUCAAUAGAUUAUUAUUGCUUGCAUUUGAACUAUCGUUUCUUGGUUUAUUUCCAUUCUUUAUUGUUUUCUGUUUUUGAUAUUAUAAUAUUUGUUAUCUAUCGUAUAAGAUUGAUAAUCAUUUUAGUGUAACAGAGUUAUAACAAAGCAUGUGAAGUAAUCAUCAUUGAUCACAUUGGAAAAUAAACACUUCAUAAGAAUAAAUUUGAUUUUUUAUGGCAAAAAAAACACAUUACGUUCCACUAGUACUACUAGUUUGUUAAGUUAGUAGUGUUAUUUUGGUUUUAUAAAAAAAUUGUCGUUGCGACUGGUUGCUUUGUUGAAAUUUGUCUGAUUCCUCAGACAUUUGUUGUGUACUUGUUUAGUUUACAUUUUGUUUUUUUUCCUAUGACCCAGUGACAUUAUUUUAGCCCCACUUUUUAUUGAAAUAAAAUAAAUCAUUAAAAUUAAGUGGUAUUUGUUAAUUCUAUUUUGUUAUCGGAGUAGUAGUUACACAAGUGAUUUGUAUUCCAACUAUUAUUACUAUCUUUGUACAUGGUUAUUAGAUGGUGCUUACGUAUUGUGGUACAAAUAUAUGAGGACCAUACGCUGAAUACUUCAUUUGCAAAUUUUCAUCAUUUGUCUUCCACAUUUUGUGUGGUUCUUCCGAUCCACAAUUUCUUUCUAAUUCCGUCUCUGUUUUCUCUUCAACUUGGUCUUCCUAGCCCUCUGCUACCAGGGUUUCCACUUACGAUUGGUGUUACAUACUACUCACAUCUCUCGACACAAGUAGCAUACGCUACAUAGUUACUAAAAAAAUCUGUAUGAAAAGAUUAAUUCAAGUGGCAAACUAAAAACUAGUUCAGACAGGAUGGUGAAAAUUGUUUGUUGCAGUAGUUUUGUUUACUCACUUUGAUUUGAAGAUAUUUUAUCUAGUUACUCCAUUGUAUUAAUGAUUCUUUACAUCUUAUUAUAGAAAUGACACGUAUGUGAAAUAUGUCAUUUGACUAAGCUUGAAAACUGUUUCCUAUUCUAUCUACCUUUUAUGCUAUUGAGCUUUUAGUUAUGUCGAAUGAAUCUAGGUAAUUCACAUAACACAUCGGGAUGUUCAUAUUCCAACCUACACUAAUCGAAUUUUAGUGAGAAAUAUCAACUCCGGGAUAAUCCAAACUGCGUAAAGUGAAAUUAUAUCAUUGAUGUUACUAUUGUUUCAGUUCAUUUACCGUUCAUCUUAGUUUCAUAUCAC